AUGUAUGUCAUCCAUGUUGGUUUUUAGUUUUUCUAUUUAAAACACCAACAUAUAUUGGUUCUCACAUUUUCAAAAACAAACCAUUCAAUCAUGGCUACCAAUAUUUCUCAAUGCAUAUUGUUUUCCUACAUUACAUUCCUUCACCUCAUUUUCAUCACAUUAGCUCAAUAUGAUAACUAUAUCAUCCACAUGAACUUAUCAGCCAUGCCCAAAGCAUUCUCAACUCAUCACACAUGGUAUCAUUCCACUCUUUCCUCUGCAUUAGAGAACCCUCAACUCACAGCAACCAAUAAUCUCAACUCUCCAAUUUCUUCUAAGUUAAUUUACACCUACACACAUGUCAUAAAUGGUUUUAGUGCUAACUUAUCACCAAAAGAACAUGAAUCCCUCAAAAAUGCACCAGGUUACAUUUCAUCUAUAAGAGAUUUACACAUGAAAAUGGACACAACACAUUCACCUCAAUUCCUUGGCCUCAAUCCCAACAUAGGCGCUUGGCAUGAUUCGAAGUUCGGUGAAGACAUAAUUGUAGGUGUGAUUGACACAGGAGUUUGGCCAGAAAGUGAGAGCUUCAAAGAUGAUGGAAUGACUAAAAUUCCUUCAAAAUGGAAAGGACAAUGUGAAAAUAGCAUUCAUUUCAAUUCAUCUCUUUGCAACAAGAAACUCAUUGGAGCUAAAUUCUUCAACAGAGGAUUAUUAGCAAAAUAUCCUAACAUCACCUUAGGAUUAAACUCCACACGUGACACAGAAGGUCAUGGAACUCAUACUUCAACAACAGCAGCUGGAAGCAGAGUUGACCAUGCAUCAUUCUUUGGUUAUGCGGCUGGAACAGCUUCAGGAAUAGCUUCAAAAUCACAUGUCGCGAUGUAUAAAGCUAUAUGGCAAGGUCCAUUAGUAACAUCUGAUGUAAUAGCUGCAAUUGACGCUGCAAUAUCCGACGGUGUCGAUGUUAUUUCAUUAUCAUUUGGAAUUAAUGACGUACCUUUGUAUGAAGAUGCCGUAGCUAUAGCAACAUUUGCAGCUAUGGAAAAAGGUGUUUUUGUUUCUACUUCAGCAGGAAAUAAUGGACCAGCCCUUAAAACAUUACACAAUGGAACACCUUGGGUUAUAACUGUGGCUGCUGGAACUAUGGAUAGAGAUUUUCAAGGGACUGUUACACUUGGAAAUGGUAACAAAAUCAUAGGAUUGUCUCUUUAUGUAGGAACAUUGUCUACACAAGAUGUUCCAAUUGUUUUCAUGGAUUUAUGUAACAAUGUUUAUGAAUUGAAAAAAGUGAAAAGCAAGAUUAUAGUGUGUGAAGACAAGAAUGGAACUGACCUAUUUGACCAAGUCAAUAAUUUGAAUGCAGCAAAAGUUUUUGGAGCUGUUUUGAUUUCAAAUGUCUCAGACAUAUUCUAUUCACAAAAUAGUUUUGCAACCAUCCUUGUUAAUCCAAUAAAUGGUGAAAUUGUCAAAGCUUACAUCAAGAGUAGUAACUCUACUUCAAUUGCAAGCAUGUCUUUCAUGAAAACAGUUUUUGGAACUAAACCAGCACCUAGUGUUGAUUCAUAUAGUUCAAGAGGGCCAUCAUAUAGUUGUCCAUUUGUGUUGAAACCUGACAUUACUGCGCCUGGUACUUCGAUCUUAGCGGCAUGGCCUACAAAUGUUCCUGUGAUGGAAUUUGAGUCUCAUAAAAUUUUCAGCAAAUUCAAUUUGAUAAGUGGAACAUCUAUGGCGUGCCCUCAUGUUGCAGGUGUCGCGGCGCUUUUGAAAGGAGUGCAUAGUGAUUGGAGCCCAGCAGCAAUUCGGUCGGCAAUAAUGACAACAUCAGACAUAUUUGAUAAUUCUAAGGAACAAAUCAAAGACAUUGGAACAGACAAAGCAGCAACACCUUUUGCAUUGGGAGCUGGUCAUGUUAAUCCUAAUAGAGCACUUGACCCUGGUCUUGUUUAUGAUGUUGGUGUACAAGAUUAUGUGAAUCUUCUUUGUGCACUUAAAUACUCACAAAAAAACAUCACUACCAUCACAAGAUCCUCUUCCAAUGAUUGUUCUAAACCUUCCUUGGAUCUUAACUACCCUUCUUUUAUUGCUUUUUUCAAUGAUGGAAAUUCUUCUUCAAGGCCGAUACAAGAAUUUCGUAGAACAGUUACCAAUGUUGGUGACGGACAAGCAAUUUAUGUUGCUAGCAUUGCUCCAAUUAAAGGGUUUCGUGUCACUGUUAUCCCAAACAAUUUGGUGUUUAAUGAGAAGAAUGAGAAGCUAAGCUACAAAUUGAGGAUUGAAGUUGCAAGUAUGACAAAAUUAAAGAAAGUGGCUUUUGGAUAUCUAACAUGGAUGGAUGUGAAGCAUGUUGUUAGGAGUCCUAUUGUGGUCACCACCCUCAAAUUGAAAUUCUAGAUUCAUAUGUUGUUAUGAUGUUGGAGAGGUUAUUAGCAUAUAAAUCAAGUGAAAAAUGUAAAUUAACUAAAGGACUAUUUGAUAAAUAAUGUUCAUUUUUCACUUGACUAAAAUGGCUUUGUCGGAUUCAUUAUCAUGUUUUUGAUAUAUUAAUUUUGUAACAAUGAGAUAUAGUUUUUAAUCAUUUGAAUGACCUUUCAAGAAAAUAAUAUCAUAAAAUAUCUUGUCUGCAUGAAAA